CUUCAGUCAAACCAAUGGAGGAAAUGUAUGCAAAUGAUGAUUCUGUCUGCAACAUUACAGUAGUAAACGACAGAGGUUCUAGCAGGUCUAAGAAGAGACUCAUUGUGGGUCUGAUCUCUUUGGGGAUCCUGAGUGUUGGUCUCCUUAUUGGACUCAUCAGACUUGGUUUUCUCACUCAUGCAUUAUCCAGCUCAGCAGCAGGUCUCUCUGGUACGAAAGACAAUCUGACUGAUUGUCUCCAUGACAGUAAUGACCAGAUUUCUGCCUUGACUAAAGAAAGAGACCAAUUGAAUGCAGCUCUCUUGGAACGGUCUAAUGAAGUGAUCAGGCUUCAGAGUUUGUCAAGUUCUUGGAAUAAAGCCAGAGAAGACUGCAGGAACAAAGGAGGAGAUCUGGUGGUGAUAAACAACGAUGAUGAACAGAAUUUUGUUCUUACGAUUUCUGUGAACUCACCUUGGAUUGGUUUGAGUGAAGAAACGGAGGGAUCCUGGAAGUGGGUUGAUGGCACUGCUCUGAGUUCUGAAUUUAAAAAGUUCUGGGGACAGGGCCAGCCUGAUAAUGCUGGUGGAAUUGAGAAUUGUGGUCAGAUCUGGGGAAAUCUGAAGGCAUGGAAUGAUGAUGACUGUGAUACCUGA